GGGGCCGGGGCGCGGCCGGGGCGGGGCCUGCGGUGAACUGGCGCUGGGCGGGCCGUUCCGGGGGCGGGACUGGGCUGGGCCUGCGGUGAGCAUCCAGCGAUGCGGCACGGGUGCUGCGGGACGCACAGACACGCGUACAGUUAGACCGAGGCAGGCACCUACCGGCGAGCGGCCGCGGGUGACUCCCAGGCGCGGCGGUACCUCAAGGUGGUGAAGGUCACAGGGCUGCAGCACUGCCAGUAGACCAGGAGCUCCAGGAGGCAGGGCCGGCCCCACGUCCUCUGGGCACCACCCUGAGUUGGAUCCUCUGUGCGCCACCCCUGAGUUGGAUCCAGGGCUAGCUGCUGUUCUCCUCCCCACUCUCACGCUGCCCUCCUGCCUGCAGCCAUGACGCCCCUGCUCGCCCUGUUCCUGGUGGUCCUCAUGGGCUUACCUCUGGUCCAGGCCUUGGACUGCCAUGUGUGUGCCUACAACGGAGACAACUGCUUCAACCCCAUGCGCUGCCCGGCUAUGGUUGCCUACUGCAUGACUACGCGCACCUACUACACCCCCACCAGGAUGAAGGUCAGUAAGUCCUGCGUGCCCAGCUGCUUCGAGACUGUGUACGAUGGCUACUCCAAGCACGCGUCCACCACCUCCUGUUGCCAGUAUGACCUCUGCAACGGCGCCGGCCUUGCCAUCCCGGCCACCCUUGCCCUGGCCCCCGUCCUCCUGGCCACCCUCUGGGGUCUGCUCUAAAGCCCCUGAGGCAGACCCACUCAAGAACAAAGCUCUCGAGACACACUGCUGCACCCUGGCACCCAGUUCACCCUGCCUCACUCUCCACCCUCCCUGCGACCUCCUCAGCCGUGCCCAGGGCUGGGACUGUGGGCAAGAAGACACCUGAUCCCCCCCAACCACCAUGCAACCUCACUUCGAGGCCUUGACCUUCUGAUGCUCUGUGGGAUCCAAAAGG